UGAUUAUGGUGGACAAACAGGUUUAACAAUGGCAAUCAAAACUGUUCACAGCCCAACGAUUAGGGCUCUGAUUAUUGCCUGUUGUUCACAGGUGGCUGAGUCAUACUCGCAAUAAUAGCAUUGUAAAAGGGGGACAACUGGACAAGAUGACCUCCACCCUGUUUAACGACAGUUUCUCUUCACAAAAAUGGCUUCCUUUACCCCUCUCUUUAUCAGCAAUGAGUGAACUACAACUGAUUAAAUUUUAGUUCAGUUUUUAUGUCUCCAACUGAGCAGAGUUCCAGCAGAUACAAAUUUGGUAUCCCAAUUCUCCUGAACUCUCAGCUGGGAUGUCCUGCCUCUUCUUCCUCUCUCCCUCCUCCUCCUCAUCUUUCUCUCUCAGAGCAUUUUCAGCCUCACAGAGCACUGCAUAUCUAACAUUUCUGUCUUGAAACUCCAACCAAUCCAGCUCUGCUUCUAACUGCAAGAGAAGACGAGAGAUCCAACAGCUUCUUUCUGUUCAGCUCCUGUUCCAAGCGAUCAAAAUAUAACCUCCCCCGCUGCCCCCCACCCAUGGAGCGCGUCCAGCAUAUGACCAAGUCGGCCAUCCGCCGAGCCUCUCAGAUCGAGGUGAACCCCCAAGCCAAGAGGAACCUGCAGGAGCUGUUUGUCAACUUCACCCUCAUCCUCAUCUGCCUGCUCCUCAUCUACAUCAUCGUCCUGCUCAGCAGCUGAGAGCAGACUCCUCUGGGUUAAACCCCGCCCCCACCGCUGAUGUGCAGUGUGGAUGUAUGUACGUCUGCUGUGUGAAGUUAUAUUCAACACAAUGUCUAAGAUAAAAACCAAACACGAUGGGUUUUAUUUUAUUCUUUUAACAUAUCACUGUCAAAGCCCACUGAGGUCUAACCAUUGUGACAUUGUUUUCCAGAGCUGCCUCAGCGAUAAGAACUUAAAAGCUAAAACUUUACCAGGAUAAAAAAAUGUGGACAAUACAACAGUUUCAAGGAUCUGCAUUAUGAGACAAAAUAUGCAUUUUCUGUUUCUCCCUCUGAAUUUUCUCAAACUUCUGGUCUGACAAGAACUAACUUAGGAAUGGAUGAUAAAAUAUAGUUAACGUGUGUUAGAUGUGAAGAAAAUGCUAUGGGUGAUUUUAAGGUAAUUUAAAAUAUUACUCUGGCGCCACCCAGUGGUUGAAUCAUAGCAACACAAAGAAGUGUUGUAUGUUUUUGAUUAACCCUCCUGCUGUUCUUAGGUUAAAAUCAUCCGAGGCAAAGGCAGCAGGAGGGUUAAUUUAGGGUAAACAGUGGUUCCCUAAUUCUGGUUCUGGACUAUGAUGGGGGUCUUGAAACACCAAGUAUGGAGUCAUGAAAAGUCUGACAUAAAUCAAGUUCUUAGCAUGAUUGCCAAAAGUAGUCAUAAAUUGAUAAAAUAAUACAAUGAGGGAUGAGCUCCUUUGUUAAAUAGCUUUCUAAAGUUAAUCACACACCAAUAAUCGGGGUAACAAGUAUAUGUGACUUAUUUUGUAGGUCUAAUCUGAAUAUUUUGGUAUCAAGACAUCUGUAGAAUAUAUUUUAUGGCAUUAAAGAUUUGCGACUUUUCUGAACAGAAUCUCACUAACUUCAGUCACUGUAAGGCAUUUUAAGAUACAUAUCUCAGAGGCUUAUUUUUUCCAUAACCUUGAUUUUAACCUAAAAUGUAUUAAUUCUUCUUGGUAAAUCUGUGACCUAGAAUGAAAUGAAGUACGUUUAAAUGAUGUGAAGUGUUACAGUUUGCCUACAGAGGAGCUCUUUAUGCAUGGUUUGAUUUUUAAGUAUUUUUUAGUCACAGAAUGUUUAUUAGGGUAGCAAACUGACACUCUGUGUUGUUCUUGUAUAUUGUAACAAAAUUACAUAAAGUUUGUGUAAGUCCAUUAUAUAUAAGACUCAUUUAAUCUCAUUAUUGCUUUAGAAAGAAAUCUUUUAAAAAGGUUACCAAUUAGUUUUUCCACUGUCAAUUUUUAUUUCGAUAAACUGUAAAAGUAAAUAUUCACAAAUAAAACCUUUUUGCUCUA